GAGCGGUUGGGCUUUAAGGCGGAGGUAUUCCAGGCGGUGGGGCUCAACUCCAAGGAGGAGUACGUCAAGAAGCACGGCUCCGACCUCUUCAUCCGGGACAUCGACGAGUACGAUCAGAUCUGCAAGGUGGAGCCGUUCAGCCGCGCGCUGACGUCGCUCAACGUGGAUGCCAUGAUCAACGGCCGCCGCAGAGACCAUGGCGCCGAGCGCGCGCACCUAGAACUGUUUGAGGACGGCACACCAGUGAAGGUGCAGCCCCUCGCGUACUGGGAGUUCACGUAUGCUGCUAUCUUGGAUUGCUUUGACUACCUGGAGAGGCACAGGGAGCCAGCCCACCCUCUUCACGCCGACGGCUUCCCCUCCAUUGGCGACAUGAAACUCACCCUGUCUAACCACUUACUCAUCCCUCCCCCUCUUCCCGCCUCCAGGGAUUGCUUUGACUACCUGGAGAGGCACGGGGUGCCAGCCCACCCUCUUCACGCCGACGGCUUCCCCUCCAUUGGAGACAUCCAGACCACCCUGCCUGUUCCGCGCGCCAAGUGGUUUGAGUACGGUGGAGAGCGGUCGGGGCGGUUCCAGGGGCUGAAGAACAGAGACGGGUCGGACAAGACAGAGUGUGGGAUUCACGUGGAGGAUGCUGUUGCCUCGUCCCUUUCCUCCUCCCUCACUCCGCCUUCCUCCUCCCUCACACCACCUUCGUCCUCCCUCACUCCUCCUUCCUCCUCCCUCACACCACCUUCCUCCUCACUGACUCCUCCUUCCUCCUCCCUCACCCCUCCAUGA